AAAUAUGUAUCAGGUGCUUUUCUUUUUCUUCAGUCCCCCAACACCAAUUAAGAACCUGCAUAGACGCGCGGAAGCUCAACACCGAGAUAAUCAUGGACGAGGAAUUCUACAUUGGAUUGAACCCCACCGGAGAUGAGGGAAGCUCAUAUCGCCUCCUGAACGACCCUGCAGCACCGUACCAGCGGAAAAAUGUCACUGAGCGCAAGGGCGCGGUCGACGUUCGCUGCUCGCUCGAAGACGUUAUCCAUGGAUUGCCGGACCCGGACAACGAACGCUACUUCGCCAGCCUCAUUAUCCUCAAGUUUACCUUUGACAGCCGCCGCACAGGCCGAAGAAUAAAAGCAGCGAAUAUCUCGCUACAAUUCGCGGCUAUGGAGGACGGCGGAAACGACCCUGAAGUUACAAAAAUUGCUCCGGAUGGCAGCUUCAACCUGGUGGAAACUACGCAUCAGGUGGCCGAGAAGCGGAGUACCGGUCUAAACAUCGGAGCUCCCCCCUUUGCCGGCGCCAAGGCUUCUGUAGACUUCGGUUGGGAGAGGAGUACGAGCCGGGAGGCCAAAAACGCUACAAAAGUUGUGGGGUCGAUUGACACGAGGGGCAAUACCUAUGGCCAGUCGGACACGGCUUCGUGGACCUUGAUGGAAAACAGUACGACCAAAGACGGUGUUCCGUCAAAAAUGCGGGCUGCAAUUUUGCUCAGAAGGCGCGACGAGAAGCCUUUCCAGUGCUUUUUCGAGAUACACGCCACCACGGAUUUCAAAAGCUCCAUCGAGAAACUAUUCGGAUCGAGAACAAGGGACGACCCUAUCUGGUUUAAACCUGAGCUGGAGCCCACGAACAGUCUUCAAGAGUACGAUGACACUGCCCUGGACUCGGUGGACAUUGAAAAGCUGUCCGGUGUCACGUUCGCGACAAUUCUUGAUGACGCAAUCAGACACAUUUGAGCGAGGCGCACUGCGUUGAAGGAAGAUAUUUUUAGAGCACAUUGUCAUUUUCCUUGUCUUGCAUUUGCGGCACAGUAGAGCGAUUUUUCAGAUACCGAAUUCUAUGUGAACGUCUCAAUCAAUUGCAAACUCGUCUCCUCU